CCUCAAACACGGCAACUCUCUACCACUGGACGUCCUUCGUGUAUGGGCCCCUGUCGCGACUUAGGGUCGAGCGACAGGGGAAACACAGACUUUGAAGGAUGCUGGGGGCGUUCGACUGGAUCUUACCGAAGCGAUGGUGAGCAAGGCUCAAACCUAAGGCUAGGGACAAGAAAUGUCGAAACUGAGGUCCCUAGGGCAGCAGAGGCCGGCUUAUAUACAGGGGAAGAUAAGGGCAGGCUAUGCGCGUUGGUCCGUGCGCAGCUGGUCCGUGCGCAGCAUGCCGACGCGGCCCCGGGGGCC